UUCUCAGGCACAAUCCCAAGGCUUUGUAUGUCCACUGUCAGGCACACUGUCUUAAUUUGGUGUUAGUUGAAAGUGCCAAAUCAAAUAUAUGUUUUGUCACAUUUUUCAACUUGGUUGAAAAACUUUACGCUUUCAUUGGGAACUCAUCAAAAAGACAUACUGCAUUUAUUGAGGUUCAGAAAGGAAUGCAACCACAUCAGCGCCCAGUUGAACUGCAAAAGUUGUCUGACACUCGUUGGGCCUGCCAAGAAAGAGCCCUGAAGUCUCUCAAGAAGGUCCUUCCAGCUGUUAUGAAGUUCUUAGAGAAUAUGACUCAGGAAAGCCCCCCUGAUCCAUCAGCAGGUGACGCAGCAAUCCUUUUGAAGAACAUCAAUUUUGAAUUCUUCUUAUGUCUGGAAAUUACUUGCCCCAUCUUCCAAGUAACUGCAGUUGCAUCAGAUGCGUUACAGCAGAAAGAUAUGGACCUGGCUACAGCCUACAAAAUUGUUGAAGGGGUACUACAGACACUGGAGCAUUGCAGAUCAGAAGAAGAAUUUGAGGAAAUGUAUAAGAAAGCCACAGAAAAGGCUGCAGCUGUGGGGCUUGACCCCACUGAAGAAGUCAGUGGACACAGAAGGAAGAGGAAAGUGCCAGCAAAGUUUACUGCGGUUGGUACAGGCGCUUCUGAUGACCAUGUUUUCCAUACCUUGAAGGAGUCCUACCGUGCACAGGUAUAUUAUGUUUUUGUAGACUCCAUUACACAAGAGCUUCAGAAACGGUUUAAGGGAGUAGAUAAUGCUACCUGGGAAAUAUUAAAUGCCCUCCACUGCCUUACUGUCCCAGAAAACUGGACCAAUGCAACAGUUCCUCCAAAAGCACUUCAAGCUCUAAAGAUGCUCUGCCAGUUUUAUGAAAUUGAUGACCAAGAAAAAUUGAAGACAGAGCUGAAGGUUUUUCACAAUUCAUAUUUGGAGUUUUCAUCUUACAGUGUGUCAUCAAUGCUGUCUGUCAUCAAAGAAAACAAUGCUGAUCUGGUUUUUCCCAACCUGACUGGACUAUUGAAAACAUACGCCACCUUACCAGUGUCUACAGCAACCGUUGAGCGUUCCUUCUCAAAACUGAAGCUAGUGAAAACAAAACUAUGCAGCUUAUGCAAGGAGGAUAGGUUGUCAGACCUUCAAUCAUUCACAGUGAGGUUAUUGACAUUUUUCGAGACAUGACCAACAGAAAACUGCUGCUGUGAACAGAAGAGAACAAAAAUAACAAAAAUGCUUAAAAGUUGGAAGUUUGUUUUUAAACAGUUAAAUCACCAUGAAGGAAAAUAAGAUUUUGGAUAAUAAUCUUAGAUUCAGUUUGGGGGAAAAAAGAGACUGAAAUAAAUAAGAGACAUCGGCCUCCACUCAACACAGAGAAGAUGAGACAAUGAAGAAAAAAAAGAGAAACUGAGAAGAAAAAAAGAAGAGGAAAGAUUGAAGAAAAUGUAUAUAGUUCCACGUUAAAGUUUGAUGCAGCUCUGCUUUCCUGAAUCUUCAUUUCCAAUGUAAGUGCAGCAAACAGGCAGCUCUUUUUUAUAUAUAUAAAUUACAGUACACUAAAAGGUUGUAUUGUGCCCUUGUUUAUAUUUUUAAUAGUGUAAUUCUGUAAAGACAAAAUAUGUAAAUCGGAGCUAAACCAUCAGCUCUGAUUUACAUAUUUUGCUAAAUUGCGGGUUUGAAUAUUGCAAUACUUUCCUAUAACAAAAUAGACCUGCAGAAAGAAAUUACUAAUAAAAUAUCUAACAUA